UUGCACGUGAAAUUGAAUCGGUGGCAGACUAAACUUGGACAGAUGAAAGACAAGAUGGCAGCUUCCAUGUGGAACGACACUCGAGUUUCGCCACCGCCCAUUGCAAGUUGUUCUUACGAUUGUUACGAAAUUGAGGAAGUUGAUGUCUACAAUUUGAAAUUGGCCCUUCAAGUAAUACAGACCUCACAUACAACAGGACUGGGUCUAUCCAGUGAGCAGUACACACUGAGCCGAUUGCUGUAUAAAGCAAAUAAUCAACAACGACAUUGGAGGUGGUACCAGAUGCUGAAAAAGAUCCAAAAGGGUCUGAGAAGACUUCAAGCAAACAACCCAGUUAAAUUCAUGGAAGAUGCCAUUGGUUGUUGCCAAAUUAAUCGUAACCAGACAGGCUGUGGGUCUAUCACAAUCCACCUACCAGCUUGUCAAAUGCUGGAGUAUAUCUUAGUGAAGUUGAUGGUCCAGGCAAAGCUGUGUGCGUACAUCCUCAAUAUGGCUGAAAAAGUCUAUGUAUUUGUUGUUCAGAACAUAACAUCGGGACAGUUCCUGGCACACAACACAAUCUAUGCAAGUAUUGUAAGCCGAAUCUGGGUCAUGAUGCGUGCAAUGCUCAGGGACAUCCUACCCUGGUAUUCAACUCUUAGGCCCUGGGCAGACAGGCUCAAAGCAACAUCCAUGCAGUGGAUGUCAGCUGGUGAGGUCCUUCCACAGAGUCUGUAUGAUUGGCUGAGACCAGACUACGACCCUUACAAAUAUGCUAAUGCAAUAGACCAGACUUCCAAGAAGACAAGCUCCAGCCUGCUAGACAACAUGUUUCCUGCAGCUAACCUAGCAACACCUGAAGCAGCCAUAUCAGCAUCAUCCAUAGACCGAGAUCUCCAUGGCAAAGAUGUUGCCAUGGCACCAAGUCUAGCGCCCUCUAUGGAUCUAGGAGAGCCGAUUACAGCUAGGGAGCUGUCUGAAAACAGGAAAAGGAAGCAGACAGACUCAGAUUACCUUCAAGAACCAGCAACAAAGAAGUCACGAUGCGAGAUUGAAAGCUGGACUCCAGAAGAUCCGACUAUGAGAAUAGCAAGUGGAACCACCAUUGUCCAGCCAGAAACUUGCAUGAAGGAGUCGAGAUUCUCCCAUGAGAUAGAACAUAGUGAAGAUGUUGACUUGGGACAAAUGAAAAACAAGAAGCAAUCCAAAGGAAUCUUGAGGCAUUUGAAACAACGUCUGAAAGGAGAAGAGAAACGGACUGAGCUGGCAAGUGAUUCAGAAAGUAGAACUAACAAAGUGGCCGGUUCAAGCAAUAGAGAGCCAGAGGGGAGACGAACAACUUGGAGGAAAAACCUGAAGAAGAGUCUGAAGAAGACAUUUGAAAAGCUGACUAAGAAUCCUUCGGCUAACAAUGACAAGACAAAUCCAGACUUAGAACUGUCGAUGGAUGAACUGAAUCCAGUAGGUGAAGAGCAGAGAUCUGCAGCUUCUGUAGGGUGGUCAGAGGUUGGCCAUGGUAGGAAGAAACUGAAAGGCACACGGAAAGUUACCAAGGAAGCAUUGGCAACUGACAGCAAGGAUAGUGCAUGCAAAGGACAAGUUGAAGGGAUGCAUAAAGAUCAAAUGGAUAAAGCAGAAGGAUUUCAAAGUCGCUUGAAACUGCCAAAGAAAUCUAAGGAGAGACAGGAGAUAGAAGACAGACAACAUGAAGCAAAAGACCCGAUUGUCUCAUCAGUAGCUCAUGAUAUGGAAAACCCAUUCACUUUGACAUUUUGUCCGCCUGAAACUAGUCAAUCCAAAACCAGCAAGAAACUCAAAAAGAAAGCCAAAGACAAGAAGAAAUCCAAGAAAUUAUCAAGUAGUAGUGAGGACAGACAUCCCCAGAUUUGUGAAGAGAUGAGCAAUCGAAUAAGCAAUAUAACUGAGGAAUUUGUAAAACAUAACAAACGGAAACAGCAUAACGAUGAGAGAGAAUCGAAGAACAGAAACUCGCAAGAAAAGCCUGUUGAGAAAUUUCUCCCCACUUCUCCAUCACAGGCACCACAUCAGGACCAAAUAAAGACCAAAAAGAAGGCAGUUAAAAGAAAAAGAGAAGUGACAGAAAGUGGUGUCAGCUUGAAAGGGAUUUUCAAGAAAUCAAAGAAACAUCAAUCGGAGUCGUCGCUAGUUUGUGAUCUCGGCCAGAUAACAAGAAGAGAACCUGUAAAAUCUAACAACCAGGAAUCAGAUAUUGACAACAUCUUUGCUCUGUUAGAAUAAAAAGAGAAUGUCCAAGCAGAGCGGUUGGUUUCGUGUGAGAGGUUAAAAGCAGUGUUUGGAAAACUUUAUUUGUCACAUUAUGGUUACAAUUCAAUCAAUUUUUUUUUACUUGAUUCAAAGUCGGAAGGAUCUGGAUUAUAAAAUCAAAAUGCCUGAUUGAAGCAAACUCGAUUGAUUUUGUGGAGUUAUUAAUCAAAUGUCAUUAAAUCACCCAAAAAAUAUGGGAAGAUGAUCCAAUGGCCCAUCCCUCCGGUAAAAGUGUUGGGGGUGGGGGAAUUUACGCCCAUGGAUCUAGUAGGGUUUGGGUCAAGAGAAGUCGUUGUGAAGUUUUAGCAUCCUGUCGAAAAAAUUAUGAAAUAAAUGUAAACUUAUGCAAAAAAAA